CAGAAAAAUCACAUUGUGAAGUUUCAAUAAGUACUUCGAGAUGUUCUUCGACAGUUCUGCUCCGGCAGUCACUCCUUUGAUACGAAGAAUAACGCAGGAGAUAAAGACUAUCAAAGACAAGAGAUCCAACGUUAAAAAAAAACCAUAUGGGAAUAUUUGGAUGAACGGGAGAGCAUAUAGCAACUCCGAGGACAGCUUGAAAUCUAUCGAACAAGAAGACGAGUCGACGACGCAGAAACAACCUUGGAGCAAGGAGGAGAUCGAAGUAGCAUUAUCGAAUCUUCCGGAAGGAAAUAAAGUUUUAUCUCUGAUUCCUACUCUUCAUGGCGAUGCUCUACAAAAGGUUCUGGAAGAAUUUCAAUGUGUGACUCUCAACAAAAGUGAUGAGGAUCGCAAGCAUAGCAGCAUACCGUUGUCCACAGAUAAAAUUAAACAAAAGACUACAGUGGUUGACGAAAAUAGAGCAGCAAAUAUUACGAUUCGGGGACAAUUACUUGCAAAAUGGCCCAACACGUGUCUACUGAUUUCUAGCUGGCUGGGUCAUGUAGAAAUAGUUAAGACUUUGUUAGAAAAAGGCGUGUCAGUUUCUACGAGGGACAAUGAUGGAAGGACACCGCUACAUCUGGCAGCGUGUACCAUGUCCACGAAGAUCGUGGAAGAGCUAUUGAAACAUGGUGCAGAUCCAUGUGAGUGGGAUUUCAAGAAAAAAUACACCCCAUUGCAUUGCGCUGCCGCAGCUGGUUGCGUUGCUACUGUUACAUGCUUGAUCAAGUCAGGCGCAAAUGUGAAUGCUAGAAGAAGUCCACUUUAUUACGCCGUGCUGAACAAUGCUGUUGAUUGCGUCGAAGCUCUACUGCAAGCAGGUGCUUCUCCUAAUAAUCCACAGUUUUAUAGAAGGAUGCCUUUGCAUGUGGCGGCUAGUUUGGGCAAUGUCCACUGCAUCAAAUUACUAUUGGAUCACGGCGCGGAUGUGAGAAUCAAAAUGAGAACCACGAAAUCGACGCCUCUACACUUGGCGGCGGAAAAUGGUAACGCCAAAUGCACUAGCUUACUGUUGAAAGCUGGCUCGAAAACUGAGACAAAAAACUCGAGUGGUCAAACGGCGAUGCACUUGGCAACGAUCGCCAAAUCUGUAGAGACGAUAAAGGAGUUGAUCAGAUUUGGCGCAAAGGUAGACGAAGAAGAUAAUGAAGGACGCACUCCUCUACAUGCUGCGGUUGCAAGUGCUCGGCAAAGCAGUGAACUGGUCAAGACUUUAAUAAAUGCAGGCGCAUCAGUUAACAAGGCGGACAAAUUCGGUUACACGCCACUGCACAUCGCUGCUUUGAACGAGAGCUCGCGUACAGUGAUGAUGUUGUUGUCAAAAGGUGGCGACGUAACAGCGCGUACCAAAGACGGCAUCACCGCUCUUAGCUUCAUCGUACGCCGUACUCCGGAGGUGUUAUCGCAACUUCCGACGCGUCUCGAUCAAUCAGUUUCAUUACACUAUCACGAACUUGGCGAUAUGGACUGUGAACUGCGAGUUGAUUUUCGACCAUUGAUUCCAUUGGGCGGUCGCAACGAAACGGAUCUGAUGCUCUGUCUGGUGGAGGUCGGUGUAGCUCACAUGUUGAAGCACCCAUUGUGCCAGAGUUUUCUCUAUCUAAAAUGGAAGCGUGUUCGCAAGUUUUUCCUGCUCAAUUUCCUGUUCCAUUUUAUCUUCUUCGUUUUUUUCGUCAACUUCAUCUGCGCGGCAUAUUUAUGGCACAAUGAACAGCUGAGCAAUGUCCUCUUCUGGCCAGUAUUAGGUUUUACCUGCAUACUCGCGAGUAAAGAGCUUUUCCAAAUUACUGUUUAUGGUAUUUACCAUUAUACUAAACGCUGGGGAAACUGGUUACAAUGGAGCGUGAUCGUGACAUAUAGCAUCAUCUUGAUUUCUCCAGCGCGUCCAUGGCAACAUCACGUUGCUGCCAUAGGUAUUCUGUUGGCCUGGAUCGAGCUGAUAAUUGUAAUCGGUUAUUUUCCCAUGUUUGGCCUCUAUAUACAAAUGCUUACGCGAGUGUCCAUCAAUUUCUUUAAAUUAUUUACAGCCUACGUUGUUCUCAUAAUCGGCUUCGCUUUUGGUUUUAAUAUGCUACACAACAAUUACCAAUCCUUUACUAAUCCGCUGAUUAGUAUACUUAAGAUGAUUAUUAUGAUGUCCGGUGAGCUGGAAUUCGAAGACAUCUGUCUUCUCUUUGAUAAAGAUCUUAAGUAUCCUGGCUCGAUGUAUUUCAUAUUUUUUUGCUUCCUUCUCCUAGUGACAAUUAUACUAAUGAAUCUAAUGAUUGGUCUGGCUGUGUCGGAUAUCCAGGAGUUACGUAAACGCGCGAAUCUCGAACGACUGGUGCAUCACGUCGAGGUAAUAGCUCAUUUCGAAAAUAUGCUGUUCUCUAAGUUGUUUGAUUACACUCAUGCGUGUAAAAUAAUACAAGCGUGCAGAAAGAAUACACUACUGUUAUAUUCAUCGAAUGAUUGUGCCCUCUAUAUUCGGCCGAAUGAUCCACGCGAAAAGCAUCUGCCACGAGAGCUCAUUCAGUCGUUGUAUCGUCUGGCCGGUGAGCAGAAAAUGCGAGACGAGCGACUUCCUGCACAUCAUCAUUCAAAACAUUAUACCGCAAAUAUAUCGAAUCAUGCGAGACUCAGCAGGACAUACAGCAAUGACAGUGACCAACAGCAUCUGAACGAAAUCAUGGCCGAGCUAAAGAAAUGCUCCCGUGACAUCAGCAUCACGUUAUAUAGCUUGACGUACAAGAUAGAGAGUAUAGUCCGAGAUGCAAAUUUGACGAAGCAUUUAUAACAUUAUUAACAUUGCCUAAUAUUCUAUAUCGAACAUUUGAAUUGUUUUGAAAAAGCGAAACCGAGACUCGAAUGGUCUACCAAAGCAGAAUUUAAAAUUCUCUGUAGGAACGCAAAAAUGUGACAUCCCCAAGCAACUAGCAAAUCGAAAAUAAUUAUAAAUGUUUUCAAAUGUAAAUUUUAACAAUCUAAAUAAUUACAAACGUUUUCAGAUGCAAAUUUUAACGACUUAAUUCGUGACAAUACAAUUGUGGAUUUAAUGAACCAUGUCAUUUUCAAAAUGAUUUAUAUAGAUAUAUGUGUGUUUAUCAAACAAAUUAUAUAAAAUUUAGAGUUAUUUUUUUAUUCUGUACUUACCAGUGUAAGCGCCUAAGAAUUUCAAAUAAAUUUAAGUUAGCCGGUACUAGCAAAAAUAAAUACUUAUAUAUAUUUAUAUAUACAUAUACAUGCGUAUCUUAAGGAAUACGUGCCUCACGCUAUCCCUAUGAUAGCUCAGCACCACCUGUCGCGAUAACCGAAAAUUGGAUUUCGAUGAUCGAGCAAUUAGCGAAAGAUUGUCUAACACUGCGUAUCGUUACGAAUUAGCGAAGAAUCGUCUAACACUGCGCAUUGAUACGAUUUUGGCGAAGGACUGCCGAGAGUGUCGUAGAACGUUCGUGAAGGAUUGUCGAAUGUAUCGAGUUCAUUUGUGUAAUUUUAUAGUUCGAUAAAUAUGCUGUCGAUCUUUGUAUUAAUAAAUCAAACUAUUAGUGAAAAAGUU